UCCCCUCCAAGUCUGUCAACAACCUCUUUUUCCUCACUAACAUCUCCAGUCCUUUUAAGGCUUGUCGAUCUCUCCUUCCUCCCAUUUCUCUACUCUAGCUUCUAUGAGCUCUCCCCUUUCCGGACUUCAAAAUCCCUGGCGCCUCCAACCCCUCAUCUCCCUCCCCCAGUCCCUAGCUCCCCUAGUCUCCUUAUCCUCUUCCCCAUUCUUCAUCAACCCAUCUAGCUAUUCUUGCCCCCAAAAAUCCAAAAACUGACCAAGUAGACCUUACAUUGGAAGGACCCAUCUAUCGGCAGGUUGAAGUUAAAUGGGGUCUUCAGAAGGCAUACAAGCAGCAGCUACAGUGUACAGAAACCUUCUUAAAGCAGUAAGAAAGCAUAUAGGUAAGGAAGAGCAGAAGGCCCAAUUCUCUGACUUCAUUAAGCAGGAGUUCAGGAAUAGCAGCAGUGGACAGCAGUCCAUGGAUCCCUCUUUCAUUCAGCAAAAGAUAAAGCUUGCCCAUGAUUACACUUUCCUUCUGAACAGUGUCCACCAUCAUAAGGACUUGCUAUUUUCCUAUAAUAUUGCAGUUGACAGAUCAGAUGAGAUGAAAAAAAUUCUUGGGAAAUCUGCUGCUAGUGUGGGUCUUCAACUUCCUGAUGUCUAUCAACCUUAAUGCAGGUUGUACCGGCAUAACAUGUAGCUGAUUAUGGUGAUUUUCUAGCAAUAAGCAUGCAGAGAACCAUGAAAUAUCUGAAAGCAAGUCUGUUGGUGAAAGUGAGAGAUUCAGCACAAUUGCUAUAUGCAGAACUUAUUGUUCCUUCUGGAAGCCAUGAUUGUGAAAUGCCUACCUCAAGGGCUUGAGCAAGUUAAGUUUCUCAACUCUAUGCAGCCAGUUGAGCUUAUAUAUACAAGCAAAAGCAAUAAAUAUGCUUGUAAUUGUUAAUUUCACGGGUACUAUGAAAUUUUAGUUAGUUUUUGCUCAAUUCAUUCUCUGCUUAUACCCUCAUUGGCUGUCCUGCCUUCUCGUCUCAACGCCACAGGCCCCUCUCUGCCUCUCCAUGUUCUCCUGAAGCAAUUUUUGGAAUGAUUGUGGGGUGUUGAUUUUUUGUAAUAAACUUUUCAUUGAUGCCGAAGUAUAAGCCUCAUUUGUUAUGC